CCGGAAGCGGCUGCUGCGCCUGCGCGGGGAAGGAGCGCGCUUCUGUGGGCGCUUCCCUGCAGCCGCCGCCGCCGCCGCCGCGGAUCGGAGGGACGGAGGGGCGAGGCGCGCCUUGCUUCGCGGGCCAUGAGCGCCGCCGCCGCCGCCGCGCUGGUUUCCCCCGCGCUGCCCCCGGGGCCGCCGCUGCCGCCCGCCGCUUCCACGCUGCCCCCGGGGGCCGGAGCCGCCGCGAUCGCCGCCGCUGCCGCCGCCGCCGCCGCCGAGAGCUAUGAGGAGGAGGAGCUGGACAGCCCCCCCGAGGAGGAGGACGGCGAGCGCAGCGGACGCGCGCGGGACUCCGACGAGGAUACGGAAGAUGCCAGCGAAACUGAUCUGGCGAAACACGAUGAGGAAGACUACGUAGAAAUGAAGGAACAGAUAUACCAGGAUAAAUUGGCAUCGCUAAAGAGACAGCUGCAGCAACUACAGGAAGGUACCUUACAAGAAUAUCAGAAGAGGAUGAAGAAGCUGGAUCAGCAAUAUAAAGAGAGGAUUCGCAAUGCAGAGCUUUUUCUUCAGUUGGAAACAGAGCAGGUGGAACGAAACUACAUCAAAGAGAAGAAAGCAGCAGUGAAGGAGUUUGAGGAUAAAAAAAUCGAGCUGAAGGAGAGCCUGAUCGCAGAAUUGGAAGAGAAAAAAAAGAUGAUUGAGAGUGAGAAGCUCACCAUGGAACUGACAGGAGAUUCCAUGGAAGUGAAGCCGAUCAUGACAAGGAAAUUGCGGAGGAGGCCGAAUGAUCCCGUCCCCAUUCCUGACAAAAGGAGGAAACCAGCUCCAGCUCAGCUCAAUUAUCUCCUAACAGAUGAGCAGAUAAUGGAAGAUUUGAGGACCUUGAAUAAACUUAAGUCACCUAAAAGACCAGCGUCUCCUUCCUCACCCGAGCACCUUCCGACGAUGCCGGCAGAAUCCCCAGCCCAGCGGUUUGAGGCACGGAUAGAAGACGGGAAGCUGUACUAUGAUAAACGAUGGUAUCACAAGAGCCAGGCUAUUUACCUGGAAUCGAAAGAGAACACCAAAAUCAGCUGUGUGAUCAGCUCGGUGGGAGCCAACGAGAUCUGGGUGAGGAAAACCAGCGACAGCACAAAAAUGAGAAUCUACCUUGGACAGCUUCAGCGGGGCGCUUUCGUGAUCCGCCGCCGAUCUGCAGCUUGACUGUCUUUUUUCCCCAGAGGACUUUUGUGUUAAGGACAAUCGGCCAUCUGCGAGAUGCGUGCUGGCGCUCCCCCAAAAGUUAUUUCUUCCCUUCUUUGGAAGCGUGUCUCCACCAGCUGCAUUCUUCCGGUGUUUCUCUCGUGAACGUCCCGCAACCCGGAUUGACGAUUUUGCUUCCACCGUUGCGUCGUCUCCAAAGGCUCGUUCAGAAGGACACCACGUUUUUCGUCUGUCCAUGAUUUUGUUCCGUUGUAAACCGGUUUGGUCGAGGGAGGCCGAGGCGAGCCGCCUGGAGGAAGCUCAGCCGAACAUCCGUCAAAGCGGAGCAACGCCAAACGUCACCGGGUUGAAAUUGACAGCGUUGAAACGAGUAAAAAGAACGGCCUUGACAUGCCGGGAAGCAGUUGGGAGCCAAUCUCAGCGUCCUGAAUUUCGAGUUAUUUAUACGAAUAGGAGUUAACACAAUUUUUUUUUUCUUGAUGAAGCCAAAGCUACGUUCAGAGCUUGGCGUGGUUUUUCUGUUCUUGGUUUUUCAGGUAAAGAUGGACAAAUGCAGAGGGUCUUUUCUUUCUGGGUUUUGUUCUCCUCUUGGUCCCCUUUCCUCAAGAGUUUCCUGCUUGAAGCAGCACUGAGAUCACCAGGAAGACCCUUCGGCUAAGGGAUAUGUCUGCAAAGGGAACCCUUUCGCCAGGGUACCUUUUCCUUCUUCGGACUGGCCUUCUCCAAAAAUGGAAAAACUUUGAUCACCUUGUUUGAGGGGGGCUUGACUUUGUGCAUGCAAGUUUGUUCCCUUUCCUCUGCCCCCACAAUGUAAAUACUAAGAGAGUAGAGCUUGGAUCCAGACCGAAAGCACAGGCUGAACAUUCCCAGCAUUGUACUGUUUUUAUGACACGUUGCUCCCCAAAUAUUUUUUAUCUCUCCGA